CCGGCCGCCGCCUGUGACGAAGAUGCCACCGCUGUGCCGGCGUCCGGGCCGCCGCGUCCUUCUUCUCCUACUGGCCAUGCUGCUGCCCUCGUCACCCCCGGCCCGCGCCCCCGCGCCCCCGGGCCCCGCCGCCGCCCUACUCCAGGCUCUCGGGUUUCCCGACGUGCCCCGGGGCGCCCCCAAGUCCCGGCCCGUACCCCCUGUCAUGUGGCGCCUGUUCCGCCGCCGGGACCACCAGGAGGCCAGGGCGGGCCCUCGGAGGACGCCCCUGGGGGCUACCCUGCGGCCGUGCCACGUGGAGGAGCUGGGGGUCGCCGGAAACAUCGUGCGCCACGUCCCGGACCGCGGCGCAGCCGCCCGGCCCCCGGAGCCCCCCUCAGCUGCGGGACUGUGCCCUGAGUGGACCGUCGUCUUCGACCUGUCGGCCGUGGAGCCAGCCGAGCGCCCGAGCCAGGCCCGCCUGGAGCUGCGCUUCGCGGCUGCAGAGGCGACGGCGGGGACGGCGGGCGGCUGGGAGCUGAGCGUGGCGCCGGUGGGCGCGGGCCCCGGGCAGGUGGUACUCCGCCAGGCGGUGCCCGCCCUGGGAAUGCCGGUGCGCGCCGAGCUGCUGGGCGCCGCCUGGGCCCGCAACGCCUCGGCGCCGCGCAGCCUCCGCCUGACGCUGGCGCUGCGUUCCCGGGCCCCCGCCGCCUGCGCGAGCCUGGCCGAGGCCUCGCUGCUGCUGGUGACCCUCGACCCGCGCCUGUGCCACCCCCUGGCCCGGCCGCGGCGCGAGGCCGAGCCCGCAGUGGGCGGCGGCCCCGGGGGCGCGUGUCGCGCGCGGCGGCUCUACGUGAGCUUCCGCGAGGUGGGCUGGCACCGCUGGGUCAUCGCGCCACGCGGCUUCCUGGCCAACUACUGCCAGGGCAAGUGCGGGCUGCCCGCCGCGCUGUCCGAACCCGGCGGGACGCCCGCGCUCAACCACGCGGUGCUGCGCGCGCUCAUGCACGCGGCCGCCCCUAGCGCCGCCGCCGGCCUGCCCUGCUGCGUGCCCGCGCGCCUGUCGCCCAUCUCCGUGCUCUUCUUCGACAACAGCGACAACGUGGUACUGCGGCACUACGAAGACAUGGUGGUGGAUGAGUGCGGCUGCCGCUGACCGGGGGCUGGCGGGAG